AAUGUGGUUCAGCAGCUUGUUUCAAACACUAGAAAGAGAGCCACAUCAAAUUAAACUGUCGCAUUUUUAUUUAUUAGAAAGCGGCAAUAAUUUUCAACUUGUAUUUGUAACUCGAAAUUUAACUUGUUGAAAUCUGUAUAAUGUGCUUUUUUUCUAUGAAAUGGAAUUAGAGAAUAUAAACAUGUCUGUGGAAAAUAAAAAAAUGCUUUUCCCAUGGGUAAAGAUUGUCAACAAAAAAUUUUCUAAAGCAUUUACUUCUGAUUAUGAAACUGAAGCUUUGCAGUUGUUUUGUUCGAAUAUGAAGAAGGAAGUACAAAAUAGUUUACAUGGAGAAGGAAAAAACAAAAAGAGAAUCCAAGCCUUGUUCAUUAAUCUCAGUUAUUUUUACAAUCAUUUCAUCUGGAAAAUCAGUCAGAAACAAGAGGAUUCUUCAGAAAUGAAAGUUUGUUGUGCAAAACUUUUAUCUCAUUUGAUCCAAGUGGGUAUAGUUUUAAGUGGAAAAAAUAUAGCAUCUCAGUGGAUUGAGCGCAUCCUGACGGCUAUUAGAAUGUUGCCUGCUGAUAAGGAUUACUUAUAUAGUGCUCUCUUAAUGAUAAGUAGUUUAGGCAAAAAGUACCAUGAUUUAUAUGCUGCUGUUUUAAAGCAUACAUUACAUAAAGAACUGCAAGAGCAUACAGAUAAUCCUGUGACAUAUGUGAAACUUCUCUUGUUAUUUCGUAGAUUGAAAAUAUUAUUGAAAGACGAGUUUGAUAAAACUUCUGUAUUAUCUAGAGCUGCUAGAAUAAAACCUCCGCCUAACAUUAAGGCAUGGUUAUCAUCACUUAACAUAAGCUAUUUUAAUGGAAUGAAAUUUAAAGUAAUUUCUAAACAACUUAUUGGUAAAAAGGUACCAAAAGAUGCUAUUGAAAAGCUGCGCAAGGUAUGUAAAUUUCAUUUUUAUAUAUUUUUUCAUAACAUAAUAUUUUUGGAUUCCUUUAGAAUAAUAAUGUAUCACUUUUUUCUGUGAAUAAAA